AUUCGAGUCAUUUGCUCUUUUUGGGCAAUCGAAGGCGGUGAAUGGAAACAGGCUAUUAUGCCGCCGCCUGCCGCCUCCAGAAGAACGACUUUGUCUCCUCCUUAACUCCGGAUCUUCUCUUCUGCAACUUCUUGUCCAACCAAGCUAUUUAUUUAUUCUAUCCAUCAUGUCACAUCUCAGCCCGGAGGGUCAUAGAUAUCCCAUGGGUUCCGGUUCAUACAACAGAGACGGCAGCAUGUACGACGACCGCUCUCGCUCCCGCUCCCGAUCGCGUUCUGCUGCAGAUCGCAGGCACGGCUCGCCUGGCGGUAUACGCUCCUCCCUACAUGGUAGCAAUGAUCUUUUGACCGUGGAUAUAUUUUGAGAGGCGGGACAUAUUUCUAGUUUGACACUUUACUGAUUAUACGUCUGGUUUUCUUUGGCACACAAAGACCGUGAGCGCUCUCAAGGACCUACUUCGAACAGAAGACGCGACUAUUCCAGGGACCGAGAUUCUAGACGACGCUUCAGAAGUCGAGACCGAGAUGACUAUCGUCGGAGGCCGUCGAAGUCUCCUCCGCAGCACAGACGAGGAAGACCUGCGUACAGAGAUCGCGAUCGCGAGGGCUAUCGCUCGCCGCCAUAUGAUAGCCGCAGCCGCAGUCGCAGUCGCAGCCUCCGGCGAGGUCGAAACUAUGGCCAGGAAAGCAGAGAGGUUAUGAUGGACGGAUUGCCGGUGGAGAUGGCGGAAGAAGACGUUGGGCCAUCCUUCCUCUCCUCAAUCACUGCACUAGCUUAUUCAGCUGCGCUUCACACCCAACCGUUCUUGAUGUCAAGAUGCUGAGACGUGCAUGUCACCGGGACUUCCCCGGUUCAUGUGUUGAACAGAUUUCGAAUGAACUUGUACAGUAUUACCACAUCGAAGGACUUGAAGAGGUUCGAGUCAUCCGUGAUCGGCAGACUAAGAAAUCGCGACAACUGGGAUUUCUUCGAUUCCGAAGCAUCAGUGAUUCGCGUGCCUUCUUGGAACCCAACCACCCGUUUAUCUACUUUCACGGGCCAAAUCCUACUGGCCCCGGCCGUCGCAGAGUCCGGAUUGCAUACAGCCGUGAACGAGAGGAUAGAGCCCGAACAAAAUCCGAAGGCGACUGGGUCUGCAAAGUCUGUGCCAUUGUCAACUAUUCGACCCGUCAAAAGUGUUUUCGCUGUCAAACACCCCGGCCAGAAUCCGGCCCUGUCGGCCCUCCUGGUGCUCCUGCUCCCAAGGUAGAUAAUAAUGGCGACAAUGAUGCCGCAUCAGAGAACCAGCCAUCUCAGUUUCUCCUGUUCAGAGGGCUCGAACUUUCUGUUACAGAGGAAUUGCUAGCAAAAGGUGUUGCUAAGUUGUACCGGCCAGCAUCGAAUACCCAUGCCGAUGGUACAUCUGGUAAUCAAAAGAAAGGGGCCAAAGUAGCUUCCACAACAGGUGAUUCCAAUUUGGGGGCACGGGACGGCUCUAUCCGCCGAGUCUUGCUUGUGCGAGACCGCAAGAGCAACGAAAGUUGGCGCUAUGGUUUUGCUGAAUUUGAUACUGUUCAGGAUGCGCAAGCCGCCAUGGCGAGACUGAAUUCCUUCGAGAAAUUCACAAUCUCGUCAAAGCCGGUCCUGGUCAGCUACAUACAUGCUGGAGUAUUUGUCCCUGUGAUGAAUCCGACAGCCAGCAUGGACCGGUUCACGUUCAGUCCUCUGAACAACCCCCAUCUCAAACUUAUGUAUUGGGACGAGGAUGCGUAUGUCACGGAACUCAUGCUAUCAUCCGAGGAGCCAGAGAAGAAUCAGGGACAAUCGAAGGACCCGAUCACAGAAAGCCAGAUGAAAGGCGGUAAAGAGACAGAGAAGGCUAAGAAAAGAAAAGCGGAUGCUGCAGUUGGAAAUGGCGCUAAGAAGCUUGCAAUGCCCGCGCAUCUACAAUUUUGGAGCAAUCGCCAUGCUGAACUUCACGGCAUUCAGAAGGCUGGGAACGAGAAGAAAACUACAGAUGCGCCAGCAAUUGUUGCUCCUGAGAGGGGACUCUCGCCCGUGAAUUCAACGGCACCCCCGGCUCAAUCGUACGCUGACCUGAACCGCAACUGUUGUUAUCUCUGCAUGCGCCAAUUUAAGAGCUCGGCGGAAGUCAACAGACAUGAACGCCUCAGCCAGUUACAUCGGGAAAACCUGCAGAAUGAAGAAUUGAAGAUUAAAGCCAUGGGAAAACUUGCGAAACAUGGUAUUAUCCAGCAGACUUCAACAGAGUACCGGGAUCGUGCGAAGGAGAGACGCCAGGCAUUUGGCAGUUCUAAAACGACAGCCAAGGCCAAAAAGGCAGCCCCGGCGAAAGAGGAUGAACCUCCAGUCCAGACAUCAUCCAAGGGAGCUUCACUUCUUAGCAAGAUGGGUUGGUCCGCAGGCACGGCAUUGGGAGCACAAGGGACUGGUGUUACUGCUCCAAUCCCCACCGAGGUUUACGCGCAAGGCGUGGGUCUGGGGGCCGAGGGAAGCAAAUUGGGAGAUGCGGUUGAGGAGGCAGGACGGAAUACAAGAAACCGGUAUGAUGAAUUCUUGGAGAAGACGAAACAGACGGCCAGAGAAAGGUAUGGGCGGAUGGCUUGAAUGCGUGACGUAAUGUGUACACUGCAAAUACCAUAUUGUCGAAAUGGAAGCUUGCCGACCCUUAUUUCAUUGUCAGGAAAUUGGAAAGAGCUGUAUGAUGCGCUGCAACAGACCGUGCCAUAGUAGGAAAAGUGGACCAGCUUGAGUGGAGAGUAUAUUUAUGAUUCCAGAUGCAGUCCAUCAACCAGGAAGCACCGUACGCCUUAUGAAACAGAUAAUUUCAUACAAAACCAGUCGAUUCCUCGUCGGGGAUCGGUUGAACAAUGGGCAAUAGAAGAAAAUCAAGUCCUGGCCCCGUUAUUUUGACCAUCACCUUCCUUGCUCACGGUCUGUAACCGUUCUUUCUCUUUCUGAAACUCCCGUUCAGCCUUCUUCCCAAGUAUUGUAACAACCCAAGCCUCAAUCUCCUCUAACUCCUCAUCCGACUGGCCCUUCCCAGGCGUACUAAUACCACCCGCAAAAGUCUGCAUAGAAAUCCUCCUCAGAUCUUCCACAUUAUUGAUAUCCAGUGCAUACAGAACACCCCCCGAGAGAGCCAUUGAGAAAGACAGGACAUUGAGAGUAGCCAGACUGAGUGCUUCCACUGCAUCCGUUGCACUUGACACAUUCUCAAAUGGUUUAUGGUACACCGAGGAGGUGUAGUAAGGCGGGAUGGAAGCGAGGAUACGGCUCCUGGUGGCGCGGCGGGUUACCAGGAGGGAGAGAGCGAAGAAGGUUAGGCCGCCGUAGAGGAGUUUGAGGUUUCUGUUUAUUAUUGGUGUUGGAGAGGUAGUAGUAGCAGGUGUGGGAGGAAUGUCUGUGUCUGUUGGUGGGUGUUGUUGGUCAUCGUUCUUCGGGGCAUCAUCAGAUGGCGUUUGGCUUGGAGAUGGGGGUUUCGAUCCCCAGCCCAAAAACGAAAGCAUGGCAAACGAAUCCUUGGAGAGAUG